GCCUCGGAACCGAGACGAUGCGUGCGCUCCGCGACCGAGCCGGGCUCCUCCUCUGCGUGCUUUUGCUUGCGGCGCUGCUGGUCGCGGCGCGAGGGCUCCCCGUGAAGAAGCCGCGGCUCCGCGGACGACGGCCUGGGAGCCUUACGAGGCUCGCAGAGGUCUUAGCCUCCCCAGAUCUUAGGCCUCUGAAGGAAGAGGAGGAGGCACCACUGCUCCCCAGAACCCACCUGCAGGUAGAGCCACACCAACAUGGACGCUGGACUGUCACUGAGCCAGCAGCCCUGACCCCAGGCAAUGCCACCCCUCCCAGGACCCCAGAGGUUACUCCCUUGCUGCUGGAGCUGCAGAAGCUGCCGGGAUUGGCCAACACAACCUUGAGUACCUCUAACCCUGAUAUCCAGGUGACCAUCGAGGUGGUGGAAGACCCCCAGGCCGAGGUGGAGAUAGACCUGUUGGCUGAGCCCAGCAAUCCCCCGCCCCAGGAUACCCUUAGCUGGCUGCCUGCCCUCUGGUCCUUCCUCUGGGGAGACUACAAAGGAGAGGAAAAAGACAGGUCUCCAGGGGAGAAGGGGGAGGAAAAGGAGGAAGACAAGGAUUAUCCUUCAGAGGAAAUCGAGGGUGAGGACCAAGAGGAUAAAGAGGAAGAUGAGGAAGAGGAGGCGCUCUGGUUCAAUGGAACUACAGACAACUGGGACCAGGGCUGGCUGGCCCCCACGGAUUGGGUCCUCAAGGAUUCUGUCAACGAUGACUAUGAGCCUCAGGAGGAGUGGAGUCCCUGGUCUCCCUGCAGUGGGAACUGCAGCAUUGGCAACCAGCAGAGGACUCGGCCCUGUGGCUAUGGCUGUGCUGCCACUGAGACCCGUACCUGUGACCUGCCUUCCUGUCCUGGCACUGAGAACAAGGACACCUUGGUCCUCCCCAGUGAGGAGUGGCAGCUCCUGGCCCGCAACGCUACAGACAUGCAUGACCAAGAUGUGGACAGCUGUGAGAAGUGGCUGAACUGCAAGAGCGACUUCCUAAUCAAGUACCUGAGCCAGAUGUUGCGGGACCUGCCCAGCUGCCCGUGUGCCUACCCACUGGAGGCCAUGGACAGCCCCGUGAGCCUGCAGGACGAGCACCAGGGCCGCAGCUUCCGGUGGAGGGAUGCCAGCGGCCCUCGCGAGCGCCUGGAUAUCUACCAGCCCACAGCGCGCUUCUGCCUGCGUUCCAUGCUGUCUGGGGAGAGCAGCACGCUGGCCGCCCAGCACUGCUGCUAUGACGAGGACAGCCGGCUGCUGACCCGUGGCAAGGGCGCCGGCAUGCCCAACCUCAUCAGCACCGACUUCUCACCUAAGCUGCACUUCAAGUUCGACACGACGCCCUGGAUCCUGUGCAAGGGAGACUGGAGCCGCCUCCACGCUGUGCUCCCCCCCAACAACGGCCGGGCCUGCACCGACAACCCCCUGGAGGAGGAGUACCUGGCACAGUUGCAGGAGGCCAAGGAGUACUAGCGACGGGGCUGCUGAACAGACACUGCAGGGAGAGGGCAGGCAGCUGCUGCUAUUGCCCGGGAGAACUUUCCUGGUAGGGCCCUCACCUGCCCCUGCCCAGACAAGGUGAGGAAAGGGCUCCCCCAGUGAGGUUGGUCCGAGGCUGCGUGCCCUCUGCCAGAGACCCCAAGGCAGAUAUCUCAGUGGGGUUAGUGAGAAGGUUGAAGGGUACGUAGGGACCAGGGUGGGUGUCCCUGGGGGCCCUGGAAAUGUGCGUAUGUGCAUAUGUCUGCCGGGGCCUUCCUCUGCUGCCUGCUGGGACCCUGGCCACUCAUUUUUCUCCUCCUUGGGAGCUGGGCUCUUCUGCCCUGGCUCUGCACAUAGGUGUUAGCCAGCAGCUCCAGAAACAUCCCGAUUCCCGGGAUCUGCCAUGAGUCAUUCACACCCUACCCUGAUGGCCAGCAGAGAAAGGGCCACUCUUCUCAUGGGCACAGCCAUCCUUUGCCAGGGGGGCAUCCAGCCUGGGUGGCCACCCCUCCUUAAUCUCUGGGUGGUGCACAUGCCCUUCUUUCCCCACUCCGUGCCACGAGCCACUGCACAGGAGGCUAUCUGUAGCCCCAAGCUGCCUUUCUGUUGGACACCUCUUUAGUCUUGGGCUGCAAGCCAGCCCAGCUGAGGCGAAGUGGACUCCAGGUAGGGAAUGGCUUGCCCAAUUCUGGUCCCUCUUCUUUGCUCAGCCCUCUCUGUUCUGCUGAUUGUAGGGAUGUGCAGGGCUGGGAGUUGGCACUCCCCCCGAGUGGGGAGGUGACAGCCUGUCACAGUAGCCAGGCUUGGGUGGGUUCAGCACUAGCUCAGGACAGUGUGUCACACGUCUAUAGUAAACCAGUUCUCUGGGAGGGGAAAAAAGCCCUGAUUUGUUGCAUUUGGGCAGCUUCUGUGUUGUAAAUUCUCCCAGCAGUGGCCCAUGUCAUGCUCCCAGCAUCACUGAAUGCACUGAAAUCAGAGUUGGGAAGAGAUGCACGUAAUCGCUCUCCCGGCACACCUCAUGCCUCUUCCCUGCCUCCCCAUCCUCCCGACUACACUUCCUUGCCUUCUAUGGGGUUGAAAUAUUGAAGUCUCAACUGUCUCUGUUCACAAGAGCCACCAAAAGGUAGGGGACUUCAAUCCUAGCCCCCAGAUGGCCGCCCUGAAGCUCUCUGGGCUCCUCAGCAAUAAAGCACUUUAUUUUCA